AAAGCUCCAUCACCACACUGUCCACACUGUCUGAACAUGAAUGAAACCAUGUCACAUCUCCUCCUUGACUGCCCAUCAUAUUGCUGUGACCGUCAUGCUCUAGUUGUAACACUUGGACAAAAAGCCACCUCCCUACCCUUCCUCCUAUCCAGUCCUCUAGCCACCCAACCCCUCAUUUGA